AGCGAAGUGAAACGGGGAGAAGACGUAGCUGUGUAGCAGUUACCGUCGUCGGAAAAGGCAUUGUGACGCGGCUCACUCAGUGACACUCAAAGAUGAGACACGGGUUCGCUUGCUACUUUCUGGUGGGGGACCGUGUGUGGCGGGGAGAAAUUACGGACGUUCCUGGGGGACCGAUUUUCGCGGGGGGACCAUCGGCGGCCUACUCAUGCAUGAAGACUGGCCUGAGGCAGAGAAGAUCGAGCAAAGGGUCAUCGUCUGGAGUUCCCCGUGAAAAUAACCUGCGCCUUAACCGUAAAGAUGAUGCUGUCACUUCAUUGAAAGCUUCGCUAAGAAGCCUAAAAUCAAAGUUACCGAUUGCAGACGAUGCCCUGUGGAAGAAUUCCAUAGAGACAGUUACGAAAGAGCUACUGCAAAAGAGAAAGACAGCGAAGAAAUGUAGUGCUUUGUGCAGGAAAGGAUUCAAAGGACUAACAGUAGUGAUGUGUUUACUGUUGUUGAUUGGUGUUUUCCUAUAUCUUUACAAGCCAGCCUCCUUCUUUUUGAAGCGGAAGCUCCAUUCAAGGCUUUACCCCAUAUCUCGUUUGGUCCGGAAAAACCUCUUGGUGCUUCAUCCAUACCUACAUCGCCUUGGGAUCAACCUGUUCAGUUCCUGUAUCUUGAAGAACCCUUUUAUCUCCAGUGACUCAUGCCGUAGUGCUAAGGACGUCAAGGAGUGGUUCAGUGAGGGCCAAACUGUGCCUAGGUACAUCCUUGAAGCAGCCAGGAAUGGAGAAUGGUGGAUCAUAAGAUCUGCACUAAACAUCUCGGAAGAGGAUCCCGGUCCCACUGGCCCUUGAGGUAACAAGACAACACCUCGAAGCAGAUGACACCUUGGCUGAUCGUUCAAGCCUUGCAGCAGAGGAUGCGUUGCAGCUACUUUCGUUGUGCCUAAAUGCCACCUAUUUUUCAUUCCGUGGAACAUUCUACCACAAAAUAUUUGGUACAGCCAUGGGCUCACCAGUUUCUGUCGUCGCCGCAAAUCUCGUUAUGGAGCACGUUCAGGAGUUAGCUCUGUCGUCGUUUCCGCCAGUAGUACGGUUUUCGAAGUGCUACAUUGAUGAUGUGUGUUGUUCACUUCCCAAGAACAAAGUGCCAACCUUCCUUCAACAUCUCAACACCAUCCAUUCAAUUUACAUGUGAGAUGGAGAAUGACAAUCUCCUUCCUUUCCUCGAUGUACUUUUGGUCCAAAACAAAAACAGGUUCGAUUCCCACAAGGGUUUAUUAUAAGCCAACACAUACCGGUCAAUACCUUGAUGUCUCCUCUCACCAUCGUGGCAAGGACUCUUAAGAGUCGUACUGUGGCACUCUCCUCCUCUCUUGAUGCAGUCAAUGAAGAGCUUUCCAACGUUGUCAAGGUUCUGACAGUGAAUGGCUACCCGAGGUUUCUUAAUUAACAGCCCCCGGGGAUCCUCAUCUGCAUCUUAAGGAGGUAGUCAGAAACCAACCUCCACCAUGCACCAUUGUCACCCCUACAUUGUUUUUCUGAGGCUGUAAGGCGACUUUUCCAAUCCUACUCUACGAAAACAGCUGGUAAAGGAUCCCUAGCUGUUAUUGACAUCAAAUGUUGUGUACAGCAUCCCAUGUGUAGGUCUUGUUCAGAUGUUUACAUAUGACAAACGACCGUCUGCUGAAAACUAGAGUGGAUGAGCAUAAAGCAGCAGUCAAAUAUGCGAAUGGCAACGUUUCCGCAGUUGCUCAGAUUGAGUUUCAAUCGAUCUCUAUCCUUGCCUAUGAGUACAAGCGCCUAAUACUGGAGUCAUGGUUUAUACGUAAAUCAUCAACUUUCAACAGGGAGGCUGGGUCGUGAUUUAUAUUUAUAUAUCUGUGCUCUAGUUGUUAUUGAUGUUUAGGUCAUUUAUUUUUUGGACUUUUUCAUUUUUAUUGCCUUUUUAUUGCACUUUUCCUUUCUCGUUUCUUUUUGCCCACCUUCCUGACCUCCUGGAUACAAUGGCACUUGUUUCUUAGAUACAGUGGCAUUUGUUUUCAUUCCUCUCUAGCCUGAUUAUAAAUAGUGGUUGUCACCUGUUGUAUACUCAUUUCACCACUGGAGAGCUCCUCAGUUUUCGGUUGUGACUGCAUUGUGAGACUUCCAUGUUCACUCAACUAACCAGUUGUACAUUGCUGCGUUCUUGGCCCUCUAGAGAAUCCCUUCACAUUUAUCCUAACACUUACAAAUUUGUGUUGUGAGUGAAAGUGCCAACAAUAUUCUGGAGGAAAAUGUACAUGAGUGAGUAAUGUGAGUUGGAGAUAUGUAGCCAUCAUCCAUUAUACUACUGCAUCACAUAUUAUUAUACUAAAUAGGUCAUCCCUGUCUUGUCUCCUUGCUUUUUAUACCGUCCCUAUAUUCACUAUUUUUAAUUUGUCUAGUCUCCUUUUCCUUUUUGCAUGCAUGGUGUGCAAUAUAAGUUUGGGGGGCAUAAUGCCCAUCAUAAAAAGUAGCCUAUGUGUUUAUUGCCUCAGACUCUUUGUCGCUGUUCACAUGUUUCUUACACCACGAAAGUACAUAAGUGUACCUUAUUAGAAGACUCAAAAUAGACCAAAAAAACAUUUACACAAGUUUUGAUUGCCUGAGGCUGUUUGUUGUUGUUUACAAACUUGUAAUAUUGAUACUAAUAAU